AUGUCAACAACAACAACAUUAACAGAUAGUCUGACAGAAUUAUCAUUGAAUUUAAAUCAAAGCAUUCAAUGUAUUCAUCAAGUUACAAUCGAACAAGAAGAAAAAAAUACAAUACAACAAAAUAUUCAUAAAUUCUUACAAUCAGCCAAAAAUUUAGAGAUUUCUUUAACAAAAGUAAUCUACGAAGAACGGCAAACACCAGAAAUAGCUUUAAAACAAGAAAUUGAAAGUCUUUCACAAACACUAUCAAGACAAAAGGAAGUCAUUACCAAAUACACUGAUUUGAUGAGAAAAUGGAAAAGAGAAUUUGAAAUCAUUGAAGAAGAAAAUGAUGGGAGUUCCUCCUGA